CCAGGCCCGUUGUUUAGAUCAGUACUAUGAUUUAGAAUCCUUAGUGCGCCCGCACCAAUCAAAAGAUGGUGGUGAUUCUCCAGAUUUUUCAAUGUUGGACAUAACCACGCCACGGGGAUUUCAAUCCAAUUUGGAGACAAGAAUGUCCAACAUGUUCGGGGCCCAACUACAACGACAGAAUCCAAUGGGACGAGUCAUUGAACUUAAAGAUCUAAUGAAGUAUUUAAGUCAGAAUUACAACGAUAUACAGACUGCUGAAAUUUUAGAUGGAAACGUUACAUUACGCAUUGACCCAAAUGAGCUAAAUAAAUUGAAUGUAACUGCAUUACUUCAAGAAAUAUUCGACAAGUUUAAAGAAAUACCUGAAACAGAAAGAAAACUGCCAGAGCCUCUAUCAAGGUUCUACCAUCCCAUUACCGCAGAAGAACAAGAGUACUUAACAGAAAUGUUCAAUAAGAUUUACAAGCUAUUUAUCAGACCCGAUGAUAAGAUUCCAGAGGAUUUAUCUAAGUAUUACCGACCUACACCCAGUCAGGUUAAAGCUGCUACUGAUUUCAUCAAUUACAUGGUAGCUCAGUAUAAGAAGAGGGGGCCUAUGGAUGCGUGGCAACAUAUCGAAGUCGUGGAAAAUUAUAUCAAAAAUCAUCCGGAACAGGUUCAAGAUUUCGUCAACUUCGGCAAAUCAGAAGCCGUGAAAGUAGCUCAGGGUCACUAUCAUAACGAAGUGCCGAAAUACUUUAAGUACAUUCCCCGCUUGCUCGAUACCAAUACGACCCAGUUGAUGACGCUGUAUGAGUUGGGAAUGUUUCUUUACAACAAAUAUCACAGGGACUUUGGUGCAGACUACAUGAACACAGCAUACAAAGCUUUCCGGAGUGUCCGAGAAGCGCGGAGAAUAGGUGAAGAUGCAGUCAGAUUUGGAAUACCUCUGAUGUACAUGAGUCCAUACCGUGUGGCAGACUACUACCUCUACCAUCCUGCUUUACCGGGCGAGAACUUUUAUGUUUUGGAUUAUAAUAAAAGAUAUGGAAACGUUAACAAUACAUAUACGGGCCGGGGUCUGGAGUUUAUUCCGUACAUGAGACACAUUUUCCCACAUGAUGACUUUCACUCCCAGUUUGGCCCUGAUAUUGAAAAAGUGGAACGCCUAUCGAAAAUGUUAUCAGAUACUCAUAAGGUGUUAUCAAUGCAGUUCAGUAAUGAUACUAUAGGGGCAGACGAAGAAGAGGAAGAGGGGGAUUCUGACUCUAUCAAAUCACUGGCUAGUGACUCUUUCCAAGGGUUUUCAAGAGAACUGAAAAGAGAAUUGCGAGAUAUUUCAAAUUAUAACACGACCAGCAUAGGUGAACCUAUAUCGCGCAGUAUGGUGCCCACUUCACAUACAGAGGUGGACCCAGAACGUCGUCUUUUCGGUCUCAAAACACUGAAAAAGAAGAUCAAAUCGAAGAAGAAGAAGAAGAAAACGUACUUGAAAAUUUACAAGAUUACAAUGAUCAUAAUUAAAAUAAUCCUGGCGAUUAUUAGAAUAAUCGGGGUUAUAUAUCGACUUAUCAGUUAUUUCUUCAACAUCGCCAUGUUUACAAUGUUUUCAAUCAUUGGAUUUUUUUACCCGAAAAUGGAUUACAGUCACCUGUUUAUUACUAGACCUGAGAGCACAAUGCAUGAUGAAAAAAUGAGCACCCCUAAACCAUUAGAAAUAACACACGCCAAUGUGGCUUCCAGCAAAGUGCUUCUAGUAACGGGCUAUAGGAUCACUAUGUCAAUAGUGUACCUGAUUACGAGUCUAGACGAGAUGUCGAAGCAAUCUCGGUGGAACAUAAGGAAAGCUAACUUCUAUACAAGAAGUUACCGAUGGAUAUUAAGACACUUUUCUGUUUGGCCAUACUGGCUGGUAAAACAAGGCUCCUACUCCAACACCCACAUGCUGUGGACUCGCAGACAGUACUACAACGACGCCGACAUCCCGUGGUUGAUACAGCGACUCAUCUUCAUAGUACCCCCCUCGGAAUGGGAUAGGGAUGGGAGGAUGGAAAACGCGUUUAGGGAACAGAAGCAAUUAGGGAGGUUCCCUAUGUGCCUGGUCACUCCUUGUAGGGAACACCCUGAGUCUAUCGAUGCCCAGCCGUGGAAAGGCGUUUGGGGUUUGCUGGGUUUCAAAGGAUAAGGGCGU